GACCUGGACCAGUAAGAAAACCUCGGUCCAGCUGGGGAUCGAACCCAGGUCCUCCGUCUUGUAAAUUCACCGCGCAUACCACUGCACCACGGAGGCCGUCAAAAAACACAUACUCGUAGAGGGUUCAAAAUCCAGUUAACACAAGAGACAAUGUUGUUCACAAUCCUCCUCUACGUCGUGUACUGCAUGGUGUAUACCGUUCUCCUGGCGAUAGCUGGUCUCUGGUGCUUCGAAGAAUGCGCCCUGACGGAGGAAGAGGAGUACGAGUUCAUCAACCACCAUCGAGCCAUGCCGUAUUAAACCAUUGGCUAUCGAUGUAUGGCCUAGUUGGUCUACUGGAAGAGCUGUGACAGCUUGCGCGCUGCAAAUUGUCUAUACCGGGUAUAGAAGUGACUUCUUUGAGCAAGUGAAGUGAAGUGUGUGUCAAGUGAGAUUUAACUUAAAAGUGUGCGAAGUGAUAGACAGUUUCCAAAAUGUCCGGUUUCGUUAAAAUAGCCAUUGACGACUAUUACUCGGACAGCAAUUGGACAACUAUAAUUAAAAAGUAUUGGAUGCUAGCAGAAAGAGUUUCCGAUCCCCGAGUACAAGGAUGGUUCCUGUUCGACACACCACUAGUGACCUUAGUGAUGGUCAUAAUAUACCUCGGCUUCGUUAUGGUGGCUGGCCCACAAUGGAUGGCGAACAGAAAACCAUUCCGGAUAAAGAACGUACUAGUUGGUUAUAACGCUGGUCAAGUUCUACUGUCUUUAUAUAUGUUUUAUGAGCACCUAAUGUCGGGCUGGUGGGCCGACUACAGCCUCACGUGUCAGCCGGUCGACUACAGCGACAGUGAGAAGGCGAGACGAAUGCUUCAUCUAUGCUGGGUGUAUUACUUCUCCAAGUUAUCGGAGUUCGCAGACACAAUAUUCUUCGUGCUCAGAAAGAAGAAAAGUCAGAUAACUUGGCUCCACCUCUACCAUCACUCCCUGACGCCGUUCGAGGCGUGGCUGCUUGUUAAAUUUAUUGCAGGUGGUCACGGAACCUUCUCGAACAUCGUCAACAACCUAGUCCACGUGAUCAUGUACAGCUACUACAUGAUGGCGGCCAUGGGCCCGCAGUACCAGAAGUAUUUGUGGUGGAAGAAGCACCUCACAACCCUGCAGCUAAUCCAAUUCUUCAUGGUGCUGUUUCAUUCUAUCAGUGCACUAGUAUACGAUUGUGGUUAUCCAAAAAUCAUCGCAUCCGGUCUGAUACUUCACUCGUCGAUAUUCAUCGUGCUAUUCACAAACUUCUACAUACAGGCUUACAAGAGAGACAAACCGAAGCAGAAAGUUGAUGCUUACAAUAAUAACAACAAUGGCUACAUUGCAAAUGGCAACGUUAAAACCAAUGGCUUCGCAAUAACCAACGGCACUGCGAUAGGAAAUGGUCACGCCACGACCAAUGGCCACGUUGUGGCAAAUGGCCACGCGACAAGCAAUGGCCAUGCGACAACCAAUGGCCAAGCCAUGAUGAAUCACGUCACCGAGAGUAGUAUAACGAAUGGAUACGCCAACGGUCACAUUGUCAAAGAAAAAGUGCAUUAGUCCGAUGAUUAAACAAAAGACAGUGUGAAAGUGAUUAAUAAGACUUUUGUAAAUAUCUUAAGAGAAACGAACGGUACAAAGACUAUUGCUGAAUGGUAUGACAAUAAAAAUUAAUGUCAUUUAACUUUAAGAAAUUACGACAAAUAAAAGAUGAUAAGGCAGUUAUAAUAUUUAACAUACAUUGUAUUAAAAAUUAGAAAGGAGGUUGUAUUUUGGUAGGCUUUUACUUACAAGUAUCCAAACUGAAGGCUCAAGUUAAAUAGUAAUUAGAUGGCUCAUGUAAUAAUUGAAUGUCUACGUAAGUAAAAACAUAUGAUUUUUGAAAGGUAUUGCGUAAUACAAAAUUACAGUGAACAACAUUAGAAACAAUUUCCGAAUAAUUUCCGAGUGGAAUAACGAUUUAAAUUACGAAAACGUAACGCGAGAAAAAACAUAAUUUGAACGAGAGAAACUUUUUCUAAUAAUUAUAAUCGACCGCAAUUGUAAAUUUGCGGCAAAAUUCGAAAUUCUAAUUAAUGUGUAUUCGAAACCAUUUGAUUGUACUUUUUAAUUAAAAAGAUCAUUUUAAUUAGAUUAUAUCAAAGCAAACACUUUAAAGCAAUAAACAAAUGAAUAGAAGCGACUAUAUCGUAAUUAAAUACAAUUUUUUAGACAAAUUUCGGUGAAUUCAAUGAAAAAAUUACUUAAAUUUAUUCUCAACACUUUCGUGAAUAAUUUUAAGUAAAAAUUAAAUUUAAAUGCGUUCAAUAAUUUAGACGAUUGAUGUGAAGCAAACAUUUAUAAUAUUUAUUGUACUUUUUGGACAUCUCUUAUCAAAAAAAUUUGAUUUGAGUUUGUACUAAAUGUAAGGCAAAUGUUUUAGUUACGAUACAUUUACUAAGCAUAUUUGAUUAUUUUCUUAAUUAUUUAAUUGAUUCAAAAAGUUACUCAUAUCCGUUAUAUGCAUUUAAACAAAAACGAUACAAAUUAUUAAAAUCAAAUAAAACCUUGACCGAUUAUAAUAAUAUUACAAGGAUAGGAAUGUUGUAAUAAUUAUAUUAUAGUGUAAAAAAGAAAAGCAAUUGUUAGUAAGAAUUACAAUAAUUAUAAGAUUUUACAAGGGACUAGUGAAUUUUGAAUAUUACUUUUUAGGAUUUUUAAUAUGGAAUGUGCUUAAACAAUUUCAAAAUAAGGAUUUUUGGAAGAAAACAUGAUUAUAACAACUUUGUUAAGAGGGUUUUUGAAAUGCAACAUAAAAACUUUUUGAAAUUUUACAAUACCAGAGGUUACCAACAAUUUCAAGACAAUUAUGUUAUUUAAGUUUGAUAUUAUCUUCAAGUGGGUAUGUGAUAUUUUAGAAUGUUUUUUGCAUAUUAAGCCAUAAAUAUUACAGUGUUUUACUGGAUUUUUGGUUUAUUUAAAAAAAAAACUAUAUAUAACGCUCCAACGAUCCUGUCUAUUUUUAGCACCUAAAAAAUAGCGUAGGAGUAUGUACCACAUACCACACUCAGUUGAGUACAUACAACGAGUUUUAUAUGCCAGAAGCAUUGGCAUGAUGAUUAUGCUCAGAAAUUUCAGAGGCCAAUGUAAAGGUACACUAUUGUGUUUAAGAAAGAGAGCAUCUUGUAUGGAAAUUGAGAUCUUUAAUUAAGCCCCAAAAGACUUUGUACAUACACUAUAAUAAUGGUAAUCUACUUAAAAUAAGUCUUUUAUUGAAUCAAUAAAAGAUUUAGUUAGUUGAUUAACUUAUUACAAUUCCAUUUAUGGAGUAAAGGAAACAAAACAACUACAAUAAUAAAAUUGCGCUGAAGUCUGCAAUCGUAUAAAGCUCAGCACAUAACAUUACAGAGUUAAGAUGCGUAGCGAUAAAAAAUAUAUACGAGAUAAUAACUAAAUAGUUACAUUUUUUACUGUACCACCAUAACGGUCUGCCAUUUAUUCGAUAUCCGAUUUGGCCACUCCUUUACUCUGUAUAGUUGUAUGGAUAAACUGCAUAAUAUUUUGACGUCCUGUGAGUUUCAGAUUGCUAUAAUUAAUUUUAAAACCUAACGUAAGAAAGUUCUUGUUGAAAAUUAAGUUUUUAAAGUAUUUUCACAAAUAUAUUAUAGUGUUAGUUACCAUUUUGGUGCUAUAUAUAGUUUUUGUACAGUGAUUUUUCUCCAAGCUAUAUUUCUUUUUUUAUUUAUCUGUUUUUUUUAUAAUUUCAUCUACCUCAUUCUUCCGUCCUUUACUUUGUAUCCGUCCAAUAUAAAGCUUUAUUUAAUCUUAGGUAUAAAUGUAAAUAUUGUAAAUUUAAUAUACGAAAUUGUAAAUUUAAUCUACGAGUUAGUACCUUAUACCUACUGCAAAACAUUUAUUUUAAGAAAACGUUGUUGUCAAUUUAAUGUUCAAAAGUUCAAAUUCAAAAGUUCAGAAAGUUCAUGAAAAUCGGUUCAAUGCUUACUAAGAGAUUCAAAUUAUUUUUAAAAUAUUUCUGGCUAAAGUCUAGCUUGUGAAGAAAGGUAAAAACAGUAUUAUACGGCAUAUUGUUUGUGGCUCUUUUAAUAUAAUUAAAAGCCGAUUAUAUUAUAGCUCCCGGUGGAAGGGUACCGUUAAACGUGUACUGAAAAUAUUUUAAAAGCCAAUGUAUCAGUCAGUUGUGAAAAAUAAAUACUUUUAAGGAAAUUAUUUUAGUACGAAUAUACCUACGACUUUAUUAUACCUAUUUGUAAAUGUUUACUUUUUUACAUUAUUAAAAACUAUAUUUAACUA